AGAUUCAGACAAAAUUGCCAAAGAGGGACUACAAAGAAUGCUAGAAAAUGACGAUACAGAAAAAGAAGGAAUUGUAGCGAAACAGAUUCAGUCAAAAAAGGAGUCCAGAGUCACGUUGCCAAAGUCCAAAUUUAGCCAAAACAUCUCUGAUAAUUCGACUGAUGAAUGCAUGAUGCGCUCUGCAGAGGAGGAAACUGGAGAAUCUGAGAUCACACCUAAUGUUGAUACCAUCAGUUCGUUAUUAGAUCCCCAAAUCAAUGGAAAAUUGGAGAAAUUAUUAGCCAAUCAAGAAAUAAUUAUGAAAAAUCAGAGAAAAUCCUUGGAUAACUUCAAUCAUUCAUCAACUUGUCAAGGAAACCAACAAGAAAUUAUUCAGCAACUUGUUACAUUACAAACAACCCUGGAUAUGAUGGCUAGCCAUUCAGUUAUAAACAAUCGCACGUAUGCAGGUUAUCAAAACACAUUGAUAGCGGCAAGAGACGAGAUAUUCUUCGAACCAAUCGACAAUUUGACAGCGUUAGAGAAAUUCGAGUCCAAACUGGCCAAUAAGAAAGACAUGGAAGACAACAUACUCAAGUUCAGUUACGUAUGUGGAAGAAAUGAAUCAGGCAAUGGAAUUAACAAUUGCUACAUAUUGGUAGACAAAAUAUUCACACGAAAAUUCAUGACCUUGUGCUCUUGGGCGGGAGGUGCUAGAGAUGGCAAAGAAAAGAUUCCUUUCAAAAUGUACAAGAAUGUGAUUGGCCUUGUCUUCCGAGUGGUGAGACUGUCUGACGAAGAUUUCACAUUGAAGAGCUGCGAAGAAUUUUUCAAGGCUGUCAUUCGAAAUUCAACCAGAAGAAGUAGUAGAAAAGGAAAACAGAGAUCGAAAGAAAUCAACUAUGAUAAUGCUGAGGAAGAUACAACCAAAGAAAUCACAAAUGCCAGUGAGGAAGAUAAUCUGAAUAGUCAUAACAAUAUUGCUGAAAAUGAUGAGGCUACUGUUGAAAUAGCUUCAAUAUCGGAUGCAGCAGGUUUCAAGGAAGAAGAAAGGGAAUGAAUAUAUAGAUAUAUAUGAUCUUUUCUGUUAUGUCUUGAUAUAUGUUGAAACUAUAGCAAUAUUUAUCCUAACGGUCUGCGAUUUCUUUUUGUCAGGAUAUAGGUGAAAACGACGACGUUCAUUGACGAACCCUGUACUAAUUGUACUAUCAACACAUUAUAUUAAGGUUUGAUAGUAUAGGAUACUUGUUAUUUUUCCAUUCGA